CCAGAGCUCUCCCGCGCAGCCCGAGGAAGGAUGUCUCCCAGCCUCCAGCAAGCGGCUCAGCCUAGGGAAGGCAAACCCUCACCCCGCUCCUUUUCAAUAGAGAGUAUCCUGGGACCCGACCAGAAGAACUGUGCUCCACCGCUGAAACCGCACAGGCCCUGGGCGGACGCCUGCAGCUCCUCAGGGAAAGAAGGUGACCGAUGUCUGCCCCUCCCAAGCCUCCCCCAUGGGGUCUCCUUUCCUUGCGCGGUGGAUCACCCAGUGACCGAAGAAAGAGUCUUAAAGCAUGAAUAUUACCGUUCAACCUCAGAAAGACUGUCUUUGAAAAGUGAGAUGAGCUGGUAUAAAGGACGAAGACCAAGAACUGCUUUUACUCAAAACCAGAUUGAAGUAUUGGAAAAUGUCUUUAGGGUCAACUGCUAUCCUGGCAUUGAUAUCCGAGAAGACUUAGCUCAAAAAUUGAAUCUAGAGGAAGACAGAAUCCAGAUUUGGUUCCAAAAUCGGCGGGCAAAGCUGAAAAGGUCCCACAGAGAAUCACAGCUUUUAAUGGCGAAAAAAAAUUUCAACGCAAAUCUCCUGGAGUAG